CUGGCGUUCAGGUGUCUACGGUGACAGACAAUAAGGGCGUCCCCUGAGUAAACAACAGUCGCGUGGCCCUUAACGGAAGGACAACUUGCGCUCGUUUAGGUUUUUAAGUAACACAGUUACUGUAGUGGUGUCGACGUAAGGAACUUGUGUUCGUGAGUGGAGUGCAGUUCUGCAGAAGCAUCACAAUGUGGAGCAAUACGCUCCUGGUUCUGUUGAUAAUCUGCCUGCUUCAUCUACUGGCGGUUGACGCGGUUGCCGCAGGAAACCGUAGCGUGAGGACAAGUAAUGGACCCACUAGUUAUUCUAGCUACACCGCGCCGACACACAGAAAUGGUAGCCUAGCUAACCUCAGCAAAAACAUCUCAGCAGCUCUUCCGGGUGGAAAUAGGUCUGGAGGGCUUCGGAGCAGGGAACAAUACCUGUUCAACGUGUUCGAAGUAAUCGUAUCAACAUUGGAAUCAAAGUUGCAGCGAAUAGAGAACCUUGAUAAAGCAGUGGAGCACCUGAUGAGGAGGGUUGAGAUGUUGGAUUCCAGAGUCACUGAUAAUAUUGAUAAAACCGAUUCGGUUAUAGCAAAGUUGAGAACACUUGACUUGAAAUUGUUCCACCAGGACGAUGGGUCAGUCCAGGGUCAUGGCACGGGCUCUGUGGGAACACCCAGAGUUGCUGCUGCUGCUUCAGCCACGGCAGACGGCGACACGCUCGACAAGCGUCUCGUCUCUCUGGACCAGAAAGUAAGCGAUAUUGACACCAAGUUGGUAGGACUAAAGAAUCAACUCGAUACCAACUUCUUGCCAGCAGAUGAUAUCAACGCAGAGGCAAGCGAGAAGAAACCAAUAAGCAUGAAUGUGGUCGACAUAACAAAGGUUCUAAAUGGCGAAGUAAUGACGCACGUUUCACGUGAACUAGAAGGGCUGAAGACAGCAACAAGCAAUGUUGACAGGAAGUUGCAAUUCCACAUCAACCUAGUGUCCGAGAACUUGGGCAAGGUGCUGAAUCUUGUAUCCGACGUUCAUGAAGCAGUUGUGGAGCCUGAGGCUACAACAGCAUUGCCUCAACCCUUCAGAAACAAAACAAUCCCAAUUCCUGUGUCCGCAGUAAAAAACAGUAAGCUAGACACAUUAGUGAAACACAUGCAUCCUAUCCUCAGCGUAUCAGAGAAAAUGGAUGAAGUUUGGGACGUUGUGGUAGGAACUAAGACUUCUGUUGAUGACUUAGUUCCCAAGUCGGACGAACUUCUCACACAAACUCAGAGACAAGAACGUGCCAUUAGUGACAUACAUGCAGACCUCCGUGUAAAGGCAAACAAGAUCAUUGCUAAUUUAGACCUGGUGGAGAAGCGACUUAAGAAACAAGAAAAUGACGUUGCAACCCUAGCACAGAGACCUGUUCCAGCAGAAUUACUACUUGACCCAACGAUCGAUCGACUCGUGGAGUAUGAUUCCAACAGAUACUCUGUUGUGAUACCACAGGAUGAGAUGGUAACAAUAACUGAACCCCCAACACAGCCCUCUACGCCACCAAUGACCACAAACAACCACGUGACGCAAACCACUACCAACUUCAUUUCAUCGCCAAGCACAGCCACACCUCCUACAACAGCCACUGCAGCAGUCAGCAGUCGAGGAACCACGAGGAGUCGCGGUGUCAUAUUCCCCAGCGUGAAGAACAAACCCUCCCCUGCCAACACCACAUUCACUAGCGACCUCAUAAAUAACAUCAAGGACGUCAAGGGUUACUCCUGCGUGGAUUUACUGAACGCGGGCAUGAAAGACUCCGGGGUGUACUACCUUCAGAUCAGAGGAACGACGUACUGGUUCCUCAAAGUAUACUGCGAGCAAGAAGUGGCAGAAGGAGGUUGGACCGUAAUCCAGAGACGCGAUGACUUUGGCGAGCCACGAGAGAGUUUCAACCGUGAUUGGACUGACUAUAAGAAUGGCUUUGGUGACCCUGCUAAGGAGUUCUGGCUUGGCAACGAGAACAUCUACAUGCUAACCAAUAAUGAGGAUUAUAUGCUGCGGGUAGAACUUGAAGAUUUUGAAGGCAACAAAAGAUAUGCCCAGUACAGUCACUUCAAGAUCUACUCUGAAGCAGAAUACUACAAGUUGGAGAUUGAUGGUUAUGAAGGUAAUGCCGGUGACUCUCUAAACGACCCCUGGUAUGGCAGUAACAACAGUCCCUUCUCAACAUACAACAGAGAUAAUGACAGGUCAAGUCUGAACUGUGCGUCCAUGCUGAAGGGUGGAUGGUGGUGGAAAUCAUGUGGCCGGGGCCUCAAUGGGCUCUAUCUUAAUGACCCUCAAGAUCUGACAGCUAGACAAGGUAUUGUGUGGUUCCGAUGGAGAGGAUGGGACUACACUCUCAAGAGAGCUGUUAUGAUGAUCAAGCCCAAAGGAACUAUCAGUACAACUGCAUGAAGAAUUUACUUACUAUAACCAAACUCUAAAUUAAAAAUCAAAGCCCUCCAAAAAGAGAAAUACACAUUUCUAUUACUCAUUAGAAAAUGAUAAACAUUAAAAGAAGUAAUUUGAAAAAGUCAGAGAUGAUGUAGCCCUAGAUGGAAAUGUGAUGCAAAAAGGAGGGAAUAAGUGCCGUCAUUGGCACAUGUCUAGUUUAUUUAUAGAGGCUAAUAGGGCAAGAAAUGCAAUUUGUAAGUUGCUGUGUUGGCCCUGAUUCUGAAUAUACCACAACUCAACCAAUCACAUCAUCACAUAUAUUGUCAGAUGAUCCUGCUUGAUUGGGUUGUGACACACUUCUGUGGAAGGCUUCAAAAUGACUGUACAUAAUUAUUGGUCCAUUUUCCUUAAAUACAAGAUGUAACAAAUCUUGAAAUAUAAAACACAUAAACCAUAACAAAACAUAAAUUAUUAAGCAGGGCAACAUGGCAAAUGUUAAAGCUUUAGUGCCCAAGUAGGAACUGAUGCACUGAUCCUCAGUUUCUUGUUACACUUGCAACUGGUGAGGCUCAUAUCCAUUCCAAGUGAACAAUUUCUCAGACUUCUUAAACUGAGCAUGUGCUAUGACAUAAACUCAGCUUGUAUUAUUAAGGGUGUUUUU